GUCAUUUUCUGGGGUCAAGUUGUCGCGUGAGCUUCGUCUAGGUUGCCCCUAGCGUUGGCAACUCCACAAGCUCGUCGCAGCUUCUCCAGGAGCCAGCAACGACUCCCACCUGACUCGAGGGUCGUCUCGAGCCAGACAGCUCCGUGAAAACUCCAACUUAUCUGUGCUGCAUGAACACAAGGUAAAGCAAGAUGCCUCGACGAGCUUCUGCAACGACUCCUCUUUUGGCGGACGACCGCCACGACAGCGCAAGCGAAUCCGAAGACGAUGCACUCCGCGGCAGCUCGGCCUCGGCCCAUACGGGGCGCUCUCUAUACAUGCGACUCCGCGAAGUCUUCCUCUUCGGCUGGGCCCUGCUAGCUACUGCGGGCAUCCUGAUCAUGGCCGUUUGGGUUUCCCACAACAGCCAAACUCACUUCUCGAAGCCGGCGGGCAAGCGCAACCUUAUCUUUAUGGUAUCGGACGGAAUGGGCCCGGCCUCUCUUUCGCUCACGAGAUCGUUCCGGCAAUACACUGAGGGACUUGAAUAUGGCGAUACUUUGACAUUGGAUAAACACUUUUGGGGUAGCAGCCGGACGCGCAGCUCGAGCUCCCUGGUCACCGAUAGUGCAGCUGGGGCGACAGCCUUCAGCUGUGGCAAGAAGAGCUACAAUGGGGCUAUCUCUAUACUGCCAGACAAGACUCCGUGUGGUACCGUGCUCGAGGCUGCGAAGCGAGCUGGCUUUGUGACUGGCCUGGUUGUGACGACCGAUAUAACGGAUGCGACGCCUGCGUGCUUCGCCAGCCAUGUCGACCUUCGCGAGCAAGAAGACGAAAUAGCCAUGCAGGAAGUCGGCGAAGGGCCCCUGGGACGGGUCGUUGAUCUGAUGUUUGGUGGGGGAAGGUGCCAUUUCCUACCCAAUGGGACGGAGGGCAGCUGCAGAGCAGAUGACGUUGAUGUUGUGGACAUCGCCAAAAGCCAACAUGGCUGGAAUUAUAUCGAUAGUCGCGCUGGAUUUGACGCCUUGUGGGAGGGAAAAGUGGAUAUUCCUCUCCCAAUGCUAGGACUGUUUGCAGACACCGAUUUCCCCUUUGAACUGGACCGUCGGAACAUGAAUGAGGUGUACCCGAGCUUGAGCGAGAUGGCCAAGACAGCAAUUCGAGCGUUGGAGAAGGCGACGGUCAACAGCGACAAGGGCUUCUUCCUCAUGAUUGAAGGAAGCAGAAUCGACCAUGCCGGGCAUGGAAAUGAUCCUGCCGCCCAGGUACGGGAGGUUUUGGAAUACGACAAGGCUUUCAAGUUCGUUAUCGACUUCCUGAAAGAAAGCAAGACGGAGGGUGUGCUGGUAGCGACGAGCGACCACGAGACUGGCGGUCUGUCAAUCGCGAGACAGAACACCCCUGGUUACCCGGAGUACCUCUGGUACCCUGCAGUCUUGGCAAAUGCCUCCUCGUCUUCUGAAUAUCUGGCCAAGAAGCUGCAUCGACACAUCGCCUCGCUCGAAGACCCUUCAAUGCUAUCAGUGGAAGAGCUCACGACAUACAUCAAUGAUGAGCUUGUCGUUCCGGGGCUCGGUAUCUCAGACGCAUCUGAUUCCGAAUUGGCCGAAAUCGUGAAGUCCACCGAGUCGGCACAACCACUACUCGCUAAGAUGGUCAGUGUCCGAGCACAGAUUGGCUGGAGCACUCAUGGCCACUCGGCCGUGGAUGUGAAUGUCUACAGCUCUGGUGGACCCGGGACUGAGGAAAUUCGAGGCAACAGAGAGAACAGUGAGAUUGGUCAGUUCUUAAGGAAUUACAUUGAUGUGGACGUCGAAGCAAUUACGAAGGAACUUGUGGAAAAAAUGGACCGGAAGCCGUCUUUCCAGUCGGUUGAAGCAACGACGGCCAAGGAGGGUGACCACUGGGCUGCCCAUGAAGACUUUGAGAUGAGGCGGCUGACGAAUGACAUUGAGUCAUCUUAGAAGUUUCCUACUGUCACUACUAAUGUUGCAUACAUAAAUUCAGGUAGUGAGGGUACUUGUCAAUGAGGUGAUUGGGUGUUUAGCAUGUUUUCUUACCAGCUUCGGCGUAGCAAUAAUGAUACCCGCAUCAACUUUCUCUCCAGUCUGACUCUUUUGAGAGAGAUGAGACAGUAAGCCGCUGCGGAUCCGGCCCUGCAAGCUGCAGAAGUUUGAAUGUUCUAGAAACACAAUCUUCAUCAAGCGAGACCAUUCGGCAGUUUCACCGACCCGUGACACGGCUGCAGGUGUAGGCCGCUGGGGGGGCCAAGCUUCUCUGUGUCACCACGGCUAGGCUCCACCUUGCCGUAUUGGGGUUGCUUAGCUGUUGCUUGCUGUACAUAGUGUCAGUUUCCUCCCAUGACCUGCAGGGCCUUCAACAUGAGAG